CACAGCACUUGAAUACAAAAUCGAGCCCUCUCUUUCUCAAGUCUCAACUCAGUUAAAAAAACCCUCUCCGUUCUCUCUCUCUCAAAGUGAAUCCCUGAAAGCCGGUAUACAAUGUCCGAAUCAAAUUCGAAUGGAAGCAACGGAGAUCAUCAUGAUGGAUUUGAUAAAGACAAGGCCUUGGCAAAGACUGCCGGAUUCGUAGUGUUCUCAGGUAUCGCUAUUAGUAUCCUCAAAGCCCUAAACCCAUACAAACAAAACAACAACACAUUUCAAGAGUCUCCACCAAUCGAAAAAUCUCCUGCAAUUGUAGAAUCAAAGUUCACUCAUUUUGAAGAACCUGUCACCAGGAAACCCCAAAUUGUUCGUAAUGAUUCGUCCCCACCACCACAGCCAUCUUCGUUUUCGGGUAAAACGGUCGAGAUUGUGAAGGGUGACACUCUCUGGGCUCUUUCUAGAAAACAUGGGGUUUCUGUGGAUGCACUGAAAGAAGCCAAUGGACUUGAAGGUGACAAAAUUUAUGCCGGAAAGAAGCUUGUAAUUCCAUGAAUUGUUCUUGGGGUUCAAUAAGAGUUUAGCUUGUUUGUAAAAUCAAUUUUCAUUUUGGUUAAUGGUUAGGUCCUGUAGGUUUAGCUACUUGGGUGAACUAAAGGAUUGUAAGGGUGUCUUGCUGCUGAUUAAUACAAUGUCUGAAGUUGUAUAGUUGUUGCAGUUUGAUGCCAUUUGAUGGUUUACGACCACUCAGUCCACUCUAUGAUAUUGCAAACACAUGUCCAUGAAACUCCAGUUAG